CGCGGCCGGAGGAAUGGGCACUGCGCGGCGCGCGGCCCGGAGCCGCAGGGGCAGGGACGGGCCGGCGCCCACCCCGUGCGUCCAGGCCGAGUGCUUCGACCCGCUGGUGCGGCACUGCGUGGCCUGCAGGCUGCUCCGCACGCCCGAGCCGGGACGCGUGUCGCCUCCCUCCGACCCUCGGCCGUCCCCUCCCUCUGCUCCCCGCCCUCCCUCACCGUCCCCUCCACCAGCAUCCGCGGCCAGCAGCCAGGCGCCGGGGACGGCGCUGCAACCGCAGGAGUCGGUGGGCGCGGGAACCGGGCCCCAGGCCGUGCUGCCCCUGCCCGGGCUGCUCUUCGGCGCCCCCGCGCUGCUGGGCCUGGCGCUGGCCCUGGCCCUGGUGGCCCUGGUGAGCUGGAGGUGGAGGAACCUGCGCAGCACAGCAUCCUCCAAGGCCCCAGCCGGAGGCCAGGACGAGCCCCUGGACAACAUCUUUGUCCCCUCUUCACGAACCCUUGAUGCCUCAGCUCCUGUCUGGCCUCUACCCAGAGAAGAUUCAGAUACCACCCCACCAGGCCACAGUGUCCCUGUGCCGGCCACAGAACUGGGCUCCACUGAGCUAGUGACCACCAAGACUGCAGGUCCUGAGCAGCAGUAGCAGUGCAGGGGCAGGCGGGGGCUCCGCCCUGCUUCUUGAAAACUGAAUUCAGCUCUUCACCCCAGUGCUACCACCCUUUGCUUGGGUGCCACACUGCUCUCAGCUGACCGCUGCAAAACCAUAGGCCCUUCCGGGCACAGUGUGGCUCCAGCCAGCUUGCAGUUGCUUGUGUGAACACUUCUGACGGUCUUGAGGACUGUGUGGCGCUCCUGUGUUUUUGAAGGGCUUCGUGUGCCAUGGUUUAGCUAUGGUUUCAGUGUGUCUCCUAAGGCUUCAUGUGUCGAAGUUUAACCCUUGUUGUGAGGUAUUAGAAGGCUGAAAAUUUAAUCUCACUUUGGGGUUCAGAGGUGGGACCUUUGGGGGUGACUAGGACUAGACAAGGUCAUCAGGAUGGAGCUCCCAUGAUUGAACACUGGUGACUUUUGUAAGGAGAGAGACCAGAAAAGACAUACCCUGUGUCUUGCCAAGUGAUUCCUGUGCCACUUUGGACUUUGCCAGCAAGAAGGCCAUACCAGAUGUGGGCCCUUGAACCUUUAGAACUGUGAGCUAAAUAAAUCUCUUCUUU